AUGGACCACCCCGUCUUCCGCGAGCUCGUCGAGCGGCACGACGACGAGGACUCGGUCACCGUCGGGUGCGAGGUGGUUCUCUUCGAGCACCUCCUCUGGAUGCUCGAGAAUGCCGAUCCUCAGCCGGAGUCAUUGGACGAACUCUCAGAGGCUGGGUUGGUAGGAACUUGUCAUUUUAUGCAAAUUUACCCAAGUCGUGAGGUUGGUCAGUCCUACAUAACUUCAGUUGGCACAACUUUAAUUGCCUUGACCCAUGCAUUGUGGCUGAUGAUCAAGAUCAGACCUCAACUGGUAAUGCUAUUUCACAAUGGGCCUGGAACUUGUAUACCACUUUGUGUAAUUGCUUUCUUUUUCAAGGAUUUUGGGAUUAGGUGGUCGUCCAUUUUCUAUGUUGAGAGCAUUGCUAGAGUUAGGAGGCUAUCUCUGAGUGGGUUGCUUCUUUACAAACUACGGAUGGCUGAUCAGUUAUUUGUGAAAUGGCCACAGCUAAAGAGCAAAUAUCCUUGGGCUAAUUAUGUAGGUCGUCUCAUGUAAUGACUCCAUUCUUUGCUCUUUCAGUGAGGUACUCAUGAUUUUACUAUGUUCUCUUGACAUACCUUUUCGCCUUUUGCUUAGGUCAAUAUCAAUUUUAAGUGUUAGGUAUUACUUUCGACAAGCUGUUACAUAUACUUUAAG